UAUUUAGAUAUUUACUUCAGGCCAUUACCAACUAAAUACAUCACGUUGUACCGUUUAUCCCGGUCAAAAGGGACCUUUCUACAUUCCGGGGUGGAAUGUAGAAUGUAGGUUUACUGUUUGGGAAAUAUGAUCCCGUUUCUACCGGGGACUGCGCCGUGUGUGUGGUCGUGCACUCUUGUUCUCCUUGCCAUUGAGAUGUGAAUUAUAGGAAGGUUAUUUGAUAAUAGGAUAGAUAGAUAUGAUUAGGCUGGACACAUUACAUUUUUAACAAGGCUUUUUCCUGAUAACUAGUUCAUUGCAUGUCUAUCGAAGGCUGGCGGAUGUCGUUCCCAUGGACCUUCUCCUCUCCUCCGUUCCACUACAUGCUGCGUGCGUCUGGGCAGAGUGAGGUAUGGAGCGACGCACAGCCCGAGGACAAGUUCCAUCAGUACGGCUGGCGCUGCGGAACCAGUGAGGACGGAUAUGGUACCGGGACUCUGAUCGGUAACUGGGUCGAAAAACAAAAAGACAUCACUCAAUACCGGAAAGCCAGACCCCUACCAUCACAGGUCAGACCCCUACCAUCACAGUUCUCUCACUACUUUGACUCCACCUACUCCUCCUCCUUUAACCGUGAAGAGAAGAGACCCAUCUACAGCUUGAGGAAGGAGUCCAAGAGUUUCCCGGGCCACCAGCUAGAGUUGGACCCCCCCCCCCAACAACUCCUGCUACCGGAGGGACUACACCAACACCAGCUACACACCCCACCCCACCCCGUCUGGGACUGUGAAGCUGCAGGAUGCCAGGGUACAGCAGGACAACACAGCAGGCAGAGCAGCAUCCUUCUGACCCCUCAAUAAAUACUGAUAAGAGUGGU